AUGUCUUGGAGGAAUCAAGGAAUCACAGGCUCGAACAACAUCCCGCUGGGGAAGCCGCGGCACUUCGGCGCCGAGGAGGAUGGUAUCCUCGAGGAACGCGAUCUUAAGCGUGGCCGCGAUCCCGAGCCUCGCAGCGAGGCCGAUGGCCCUCGUCGUCGAAAGAAGCGCAACCGAUGGGGCGACGCGUCGGAGAACAAGGCCGCUGGCCUUAUGGGGCUGCCGACAGCCAUUCUGUCGUCCAUGACGAGCGAGCAGCUCGAGGCCUAUACUCUGCAUCUUCGCAUUGAGGAAAUCAGCCAGAAGCUUCGCAUCGACGACGUCGUCCCCGCAGAUGGUGAUCGAUCCCCAUCACCACCUCCCCAGUACGACAACCAUGGUCGACGUAUCAACACUCGAGAGUACCGCUAUCGCAAGCGUCUCGAGGACGAACGCCAUAAGCUGGUUGAAAAGGCCAUGAAAACCAUCCCCAACUACCACCCGCCCCAGGACUACCGCAGGCCUACAAAAACCCAGGAGAAAGUCUACGUGCCUGUAAACGACUACCCGGAGAUUAACUUCAGUAUGAUUGCUAACCCUUUAACCCUAACCACUAACCCCCUUCGUCUUUCCUUCAACUUGAAGUACAAUCAGACUCUCGUUACUAUGCCGACAUGCGGUGUUUUAAGAGACUCUGGUUUCUUCCGUCGAUUGAUUCUCUCCCCCAAAGUUGGUUUACUCAUCGGACCCCGUGGUAACACACUAAAGAAAAUGGAGAAUGACUCUGGUGCCAAGAUUGCUAUUCGUGGCAAGGGCUCCGUGAAAGAGGGCAAGGGUCGCUCUGAUGCAGCUCACUCCAGUAACCAGGAGGAAGAUCUUCACUGUUUGAUCAUGGCAGAUACCGAAGAAAAAGUCAACAAGGCGAAGCAGCUCAUUCACAAUGUCAUUGAAACUGCGGCUUCGAUCCCCGAAGGCCAAAACGAGCUCAAGCGUAACCAGCUUCGAGAACUUGCAGCGCUCAACGGAACCCUUCGAGACGAUGAAAACCAGGCCUGUCAAAACUGUGGCAAGAUUGGCCAUCGUAAAUAUGACUGCCCUGAGCGACAAAACUUUACGGCAAGCAUCAUCUGCCGCGUUUGUGGUAAUGCCGGCCACAUGGCUAGGGAUUGUCCAGACCGCCAGCGAGGCGCCAAUUGGCGUAAUGAUGCGGGCGGUCGCCCUGCAGGUAGGAUCGGGGGAGGCGAUGCCGUCGACCGUGAAAUGGAGCAACUCAUGCAGGAACUUGGCGGCGGCUCGGGAGCUGCCCCUGCGCAAAUCGAAGCCGGCCCGAGCAGCAACAACUACAACGGGAACAGCGAAGCGAAGCCAUGGCAGAGAGGACCAACUGGUGGACCUGCACCCUGGAGAUCCCGUAACCAGGAUUCUAACGAAGGAGGCAGUGGGGGACCGGCACCUUGGGCUCGAGACCGCAAUCGCGGCCACGAUCACAGCAACGGCAACGGUCAUAGCAACAACCAUGGCGGUGGUGACAACAACUACUAUGGACACAACAAUUACGAGUCGUCUUCUUCUGGAGGAGCAGCCCCUUGGCAUCAGCAGCCUCAACACGGAGCCUCGCAACACCAGGCUCCUGGAAUGGGUGGGUAUCCCAACUACGCUGCGUACGGCGCAUACGGUGCUGCACCAGGUAUGGGCGCGCCUCCUGGUCUCCCUCAAGUUGGCGGCGCCGGUCUCUCGGCUCCUCCAGGUCUAGGCCCCUUGAAUGCCCUCAUCCAGCAAUAUGCAGGAUCUGCUCCGCCGCCUCCGCCGCCCUCAGGAGAUGCUCCGCCGCCUCCUCCAAGCGACCAACCCCCUCCGCCUCCGCCCCCAGGCGCGUAA